AUGAUAGAAAAAGAAGAAUUAAAUCAAAAUUAGAUUAAAAAUUUACUUUGUAGUUUAUGCAAAAUUUCAUAAAAAAUUGAGUAUUUAAAGCUUUAAAAAAGCAACGUAGUCGAAUGGUUAUGCCUUGAUUGUAAAUCUACUAUAAAAGACUAGUAUAUGUUCAAAAAGAAAUAUACCUCUUGUCAUCUUAUAAGACUAGCUUUUCCCAAUAUUGCAUAAUAACUGAUAGAUGGAUCAUUAAAGAAAAUUAAUGACUUGUCUUCAGAAGUAUAUAAAUAAAAAUAAAUAAAGAUCACCCAAAAAACUUUGAUAAGCGAAGAAUUUUAUUAAAGCUUAGUCUUUGCAGAGUUAGUUCACAUUGUUAUAGAUAAAAAAUUUAUCUAAGCUUUAAAGUAGUCUGAUUAAUUAUAAAAAGCUAUCUAAGCGACAAAAGAUAAGUGUAUUAUUUUAGACUUACAGGAACAUAUUGAUUUUACUCAAUAUUAAAAUAUCUCUCCUAUUUUCAAUUACUUAUAACAAUAUUCUACCUAAUUAUUCAUAAAAAGCGAGUUUUCAUCAUAAUUAGGUAAUUGGUAAAAUGUGUAGCACUUAUCAUAUGAUAUAGAUCCAUUCCAAGGCAAUUCAGAUUUAAUAAAAAUCUAAUAGCAGUUUCCUUCAUUAAAAAGCAUUGACUGCUCCUUUUUCAUUAAUGACACAUCAUAUGAAUAGAUUUAUUACUUUUAUGAGUACCUCUUAUAAUAAAUUUUCAAGAUCAGUUAAGCUGAGUCAAUAACUCUUAAUAUUUUGAGUUAAUAAGAUGAUGAAUAUGAUGAUUACGAGUAGGGUUUAGAAAGCUCAGAUUAAAGUAUGCAAGAUAGUUCUUUUGAAGAAAUCAAAAACGAAGAGGAAAGUUAAUUUGAAGAGGAAAACGAAGAAGAGAGUUAAAAUAAAAAAGUAAUUUAAAGCGAAGAAAUAGCUGAAAAUGAAAAUGAAAAUAAAAAUAAAGAUGAUAAUUUAUAUCACUUGAAAAGUUAAAAUAAUGAGCAAAAAACUUAGAAUUAAGAAGGUCAAAGCAAAAUGAAUGAUGCAAAGUAUUGUCCUGUGUAAAAUGAAGAACUAUGCAUGAUGAAUGAACAUAGCGAAGGAGAAUAUGGUUAAAAAGAAACAAAAAGCUAGUCAAGUGAAGAUGAAAAUGAAGAUAAAUCUAAGAAAGAAUUUAACUUAAAAUAAAUGAAUAAUAUUGAUAUAAAUAAUUAAAGUUAUGAUAAAUAUCUACUAAAUUAAAUUGAAGAGCAGAAGGAUCAAUAGGAUUAGAAUAAAACACAAGAUAAUCUUUUAAUUAAAAAUAUCAAUAAUAUGGUAUCGUUUGAUUAAAUUUUCAACUUUGCUUUAAAAUAAUAAAAAAAUAGUAAGUGUCUUGAUAAUUUAAGGAGCUUGAGUAUAUUUUAAGAAUCAUAUUAAGAUGAUAUAUUAAGUGAAUUAAAUAUUUUAAAUGGUUAAUUAUUGUAAUUUUUGGCAGACUGCACUGGAAAAAUAACUUAUUUAAAUAUGGAUAUCCACUUAAGUUAACAAAAUUUCCCUUAUUUCAUUGAUAUCUUUAAAAAAAAUAAACAAAUAACUGAUUUAGAGUUAAGUUUAGAUAAUUUAAAUUUGAGUAACGUGUAAUUUGCUGAACUUUUUGAGAUUCUUCACACUUACUAACUUACAACUCUUAAAAUAAAUUUAUAGGAAUUCAGUCAUAAUUUAAGCCUUAUUAUCGAGCAGAUAGGAUCUUUGAUAAAUAAAAAUUGUCUUUCUUUGAAAAACUUAGAAAUAUAUCUUAUUUAAAAAGAAUCUCAGUAUCAGUUUUAAGAUUUUGGAGAGUUCUGCAAGGAAAAUCUUUUCUAUGCAAUUAGCUAAAACCCAUUUCCUAAUUUGAGAAAUAUUUGCCUUAUAAUAGAUAAGUAAUUUCAUGAAACACAGAAGAGAAUCAUUUUAGAAAAUAUUAUAGCAAAUAGCAAACUGCUCCAAACUAUGUCAAUUGAAACAAAAAUGAAUGAUUUAUUUAAAAAAUAUCAAAAAAUGAAAUCGAAUUUGUGCUACAUAACUCAAGCAAUUUAUUCUUAACACAAAAGUUUAUUUAGAAAAGAUUUAAUAUAUCAAAUCCUUGAGUAAUAUAUUUCAUUUAAAUACAUAGAAUACACAUCUAUUUGA